CUGGUAGAACCAGUCAGGAUUUGUAUAGUCUGAGAGCACAGAGAGAAAGAGGCACUUUGUGUUAGCUGGAGCGAGGAACGGGUACAAUACAGACAGGAAUACAAUGUUAGGAUACGCCUCACAGAGCAAGGAUUAAAAGGGAGAAAGUUCAGCUUUCCUCGGAUCAGCCAUGACCGAUUAACGCCGAUUGUCUUCUUACAGUGAAGAUGAACAUGGAUGAAGACUGAAAGAGCAGAUUUCUCAAGUAGGUCAUGUUUCUUUUAGGUAGAGCUACAAUAAUUUGCAUGAAUGAAAAGGAAAGUUUAAGAUUUAUGCGUGCGCGCGCGCGUGUUUUCUUCCCUGUAGCUGUUAUCAACCCAAGUCUAGCUUGAGUAUUAUUACCAAAUUGCACAACUUGUGUACACAAGCACAAGGCAUAGAUGACAUGUUUGAGAAGGGCAGAGAACAUUCUUCAGGCUGAGCUUUCUCUCACUCGCUCCAGCACAAGCUCACAAGCUUUUUCACUCACAGACGACAAUUACCACUGCAUUACACGUCUCCUCUUCAGUUUAAAAAUUUGUGCUGCUGCAGCAAGGAUUAAUGAAGAAGAAACUUUUUGGAUGAUGUCCACAAGACAUCACUUAUUCUUCACAUAACACCAUGAGCGACAUCACCAGCAUCACAACCAUCACCAAAUAAAAGGACUUCUGCUGUUAGUUCUGGCCACAAUGUCCAACUCUCAGGUGCAGAGCCUAAACGAGGAUGUAGUUUUCCUGCCAGCAAAUGAGUUCAACCCAGAGUUCCUCCAUUCUGAGGUGGAACGCGGUGCCCUGGAGUCUCUGCUCAGAGAUGGUCCCAGCGCUUUCUACACCAAACUGAGCGCAAAUCGACUCGAACCCUUUCUCUCCGUGGAGGAGGUGAACCAGAUCUCCAGCUGGGUGGAGGAUCGUCACGUGGACGUUGAGGAAAAUGGGGAUGUCAGGAGUGAAACCAGUUCAGGCGUGAAGGGAUUCUCAGAUCAGUAUUUCCCCAUGCUUUCGGACACGACGGUCCCACAUUUGGAGCUUGGGUGGCCGGAGAAGGACAGAUGGGACAGUGUGGAGCGAGCCAUGGUCUACACCAAUCCUCCAGCAGAGCAGACUCCUCAUGUCCGUGAGGUGAUCAGGAGGCUGCUGCAGGGAGCCACAACGCUGAUCGCUAUUGUAGCAGACAGAGUCACAGACAGCACUGUGAUCAAGGAUCUGCACUUGGCUGCAUCGCGAGGCGUUAUCAUCUACAUCAUCCUCAACCGAAGACCUGCACAAGAUAACCUCACACCAAACCAGCUCAAGCACCCGAACAUAAAAGUUAGGAUUUUGGGUGGAAAGAUGUUCAUGUCUGGAGAUGGGAAGAUAGUGGAGGGAGAACUGAAGGAGAACUUUAUCCUGGUGGAUUUGAAGACGGUGGUUUUGGGCAGUUACAGCCUGACCUGGACUGAUGCUCAUCUACACCGGCAGCUCGUCACUGUCCUCAGUGGUCCGGUGGUGGAGUUAUUUGACCAGGAGUUCCGCAUUCUUUAUGCCACCUCACUACCUGUUCCUGACUCAUGGAAAAAUGCCAGGCCCUUGGAGCUUCCCAAGAUCGAUAAAACCCUUUACCAAGCAGAACCAAAUACCCAAAAACAAGUGCUGCUCGACUGCCCUUCCAGCCCUCCACCACCCAUCGCUGACUCUCCUAUAGACUGGGACGCUCUUGGGGUCUUUCAGAAGAGUGAAGAGGACCAGGUUUUGCCCGAGUUUUCUGAAGAACUGCCAAAGUUUCACAGAACAGGACCUGACUGGCAUACUGGGGCUCCUGGGGCAGGUGUAACAGCUCUUCAUGUCACUGAACGGCAAGAUGAAAGCAAGUUAUAUCGUGCUGCAGCUGAGCCGAGGCAUGUACCAGAUCAAGCGAUGCUUUGGAACAUGCAAAAACCUGAGAGGUUUCAAUACGGGUUUCUGACAGAACGUGACGAAGGAUUGGCGUUCAGGCACCGAGAUUUCAGGAUGGAGAGGAACCUGAUGGAAGACUUUGUGCCCUUCUCACGCGCUCACAGACAGGAUUGUUUACCAAAUCUGGACAGAAGUUGGGGGGAAAACACAAUCCCAGAGGAGACGACACCCAGGUCAACUGCAGCUCCAGUCCAUCAUAAGAAACCCAUUAUUAUGAGCAUUCCUCAGACCGAAAAGUCUUGGAAUCUGGGUGACAUCCUGAAAAGCACCAAGAACCUGAAGACAAAAAUGGCCAAAGAUACAAUCAGCCAAUCCACGCUGGACCUGAGCUCCCCGGGGACCGAGACAUUGAAGAAGAGCCAGAGUCAGGCUAAUUUACACGAAAGUUUCCCGAUAACUCCGGCUCUCGCCCUGAUGAAAAAGCGUAACGAUGAGGUCAAAUCUUCAUUCCUGAGGAACCAGAAGACUUUCCAGCCACUACCCAGAACCCGCAGUUUCACUUUAGGCCUCAACAUGGACACGUGGAAAUCCACGUUCCUCAGAGAACAGAAUAAUGACGAGGACAAGUGAAGAAAUCCUGAGGACAACGUGACGCACAAGAUAAAUACAGUUCUCAGAACUGGACGUGCUUCAGCACUAAUUCACAAUGUCAUUGUGUGGAUUUAAUCGAUCGAACAUUAGGCAAACACUGUUGCGUUCCUAAAUGAUCGAGGAGACGUGUUAAUAAAUCAUCUGAACUGAA